AUGAUCGAGAAGGCAUGGGCGUGGGCACAUCAGAACAAGUGCCUACGCAAGAAUGAGAUUCAUGGUGAGGAGGAGGCCAAGCUAAUUUUGUCCGAGGAUUUUGACCUACUGCAUGAGGAAGGUCAGGAGAUCAGCAUGGGCGGGACCGUCGAGAUGGAGGACGACAGUGGGUUCCUCCUACAGGAUGAGUUGCCCUCGGUGCACGCCUCGUCUGCUGAUAUCUUUGCCGGCAAAGUUGGCUCCUCCGCGGGCAGUGGCAGUGGGGAUGCAGGGAAGGCCCUAGAGUCUUUCAGCUCGGCUGCCAGCUUCAAGAUAAAGGACCAACUCAAGGACUCCCUGAAGGCCCUCAAGACACACUUCAAGGAGUUGCAGUCCAGGCAGGCUGAUGCGAUCCAGCGGCACCCUGACAA